AUGGAGGAAGAUCACAUCGAGGCCAUGCGCAUCCCACGCGAGGCGUUUGACGAACCAGCGUUGGACAUUACCGACAUGAUGUCCAACACGUCCAAGAGGGCAUUAGAAGAUGAGGCGGCCAAGAUGUUCGCUAAUCUUCAACAAGGCACCACUUUCGUGUCCUACCUGAAUGCCGAUAGGGAGUACAAAGAGUGGUGCUGCGCGUGCCUGAAGAUUGAGCCAACGGAAGGUUUCCAAGACGAUGCUAUUUUGCUUGACCAAGACGAGGCCCUGCACAUCAUUCGAGACAUCGCGUCCGUGAGCACGGAGCUCAAGUUCAAGGUGAAGGGCCAGGAGGACAGUGCUGGACCUCACUUCCUGCGAACUCUGAGGAAGCUAGGCCGCAAAAUUGUGGCUCAGGACCUGGCGAUGAUGCUGUACAAGACACCGUACCACCCUUACGUACAAGCGUCAUCGCUGUGCCGUAACACCGAGUUCCGCAAAUGGGCGCACGACGUGUUCCACACCCAGGAGAAGGCCUCGAAGGAGAGGAGAAAUCCCACCGAGACAACAGAGGCGCGUGCAGCAGGAACAUGCCCGCCCUCGGAUGUCUCCGGCCAGUCACCCCCGCCUGACCAAGGGGCCCCAAAGGUGGAACCCCAGCAGCCCGCUGACGUUGCGUACGAGAAGGAUGUCGUGGCACCAUGGAGGAAGUGUCAAUCCGUGGAGCAUGCAUGGGUGCUGUGGAACCUCCAAGGACGCGGCGACAAAAGACGCCUACGAGACCGCUACGGGAAAGACACGUGCUUCGUCAAACGCCACUCCUACGACGGUGGCUCCAAAAGCGUGGGCGGGAUUACUGCACAAAUGCGGCGCGUCAAAAGGGUGAUGGACGCGGUGGAGGCGCUUGGGGAAACUACGCAGGUCAGGCAGAAGCUAGAGUCCAUUCUCGGGCGAACCGGGGGGUGGAGCACGUUCGCAGACGGCAUCGGCGUGGUCAAGAUGCCCGGGAAGGUCGAGCCAGAUAGGGACGAUGGACUGGAGGGAUUCACGUCAACGCAACAUGACCAGCUGAAGGUUGGGCGGAUGCUCGUUGAGUCGGAGCUGCGGACGGAGGACUGGCUCAAGAAAAAGUUCCCUACAACGUGGGACAAGUCCCCUGCCCCGAAGCCCCAGAAGGCAAAGGCGCCUGCGAAAAAGCGCCAAAAGGUUGCUAACACGUGA